UUGAACAUCACCGCACAUUGUCACUGCUUGUUCCCUCCAGGGAUCACAGGCGACAUCAGGCAGGUGCUCUCGCAGCCCAAAUUCAUCCCGAGGAUUACCAAUCAGCCCAGUGAGGUGAAGAAGUUAGAGGAGGACAUAAAGGGAGUAAUUGAUCAAAUCCACUUGCUGUCGGAGGGAAAGGCCCGCAGCGCCCCGUCCACAGAGGAGGACCUAGACCUCAAUGCGUACUACAGCAUUCUGAGCAACCUUUACCAUCUCUUACAGCCGCUGACGAGAGAAGGAUUCUUCGAAGACCUUCCCGAAUUAUUGGUUUGUGUCCUCUCUGAGAGACAGGGCUGUGGCCUGGAGGCAGAACUGACCAAGGCAGUGCUUUUGGAGCUGGGGCAGCCACUGCUGGCCUUUCUGGCAUCGCUGCGAACUAAGACCUGUCCACCUCUGACCGCCGAGGGAGAGUCCGGUAGCUUCUUCGGGACGUACCUCAGGAUGGGGGAAACUAUGACGGCCGCUGUGAGCGGUUUCCAGGAGACUUUUAUCAACAUUCUGUCCAGCCUGUCUCUCUCUGAGGAUUUGAUAAGGCCCUUCCGUGGUUUCCUGGACACAGCCGCCACGUAUUUGUUACAGUUCACGGCAACCAUUCUGCAAGUACCCAUGGACUAUAUCAGAAUAGCUUUGCAGCUUGGAAUUAAAGUCCCGUCACUAGAUGAAGAGGAGACCUGCACUCAAGGAGAUCUCAAACAGCUCAUCAUGUGGGGAAUGAAGCACAACAUCAGCUGGUCUUUCAGCAUCCCCCUUGUGGACAUCCUCCUGGAGAACCUCCUGCCGUCUGAAGGGUCAUCGUACACAUAUUUGGGGGAGUGCCAGAAUCCUCCCAGCUUCCAGCGCAGCGCCUCGGACGCCGCCAAUCGCACCCGCGUCCGCUACGAGGUCCCGUGCGACCUCGGCAGCCUGGCCACCCUCAACGACACGCUGUGCGCCGACGUCCUCCUGGGCUCUGGGGGCGGGUUUCCCGUAUCCGUGUCCGCCUUCUGCCGCGCGCUGGGCUCCCUCAGCCGUGGCCAGGUGGAGCGGACUUGGAGCAACAUGUGUUACGUUGCCCAAGCCCUGGUCUCUCCACUGGUCACCAGGUCGCCCGAUUGCAGCAAUGAGGACCUCCAGCCUCUCCCUGUAGUCACACCUCCCUACGGGUCAUCCCCCCUAGAUCCUUCUGAACCUCACCGGGUUCCUAGAGAAGCCUCUAACCUGAAGCUGCUGGCCUGUGACUACAACGGCUGGCUGGAGAGCAGCGCGGUGGACUCUGUCCUGGUGUCUCUUUGCGGUGAUAAUGAGCGCGCGGAGUUCGUGAGGCAGGUGUGCGACAACGCCGCGCUGAUGCGGAAGCUGCUCUCCGACAAGAUGAACGAGUGGCUGUACGGAUACUGCGCCAACUCCUCCGCGAACCCCGGCUACAUGGUGGGUCAGUUCUGCGUCUACGAGCAGUGGAUCAACCAACCCACGGCCCCCGUGGGGCCGUCCCUGCUGGAGUUCUGCCUGACCCUCGACGGGCCGAGACUGACCAGCUACAUCUGCGAGCACACCGGGUUCCUGAUGCUGCUAAUGUCCAACCCCGAAAACUGGAGGAUCAUGCCCAACUGUACAAACGCCCCCCCUCCGUCCCCGCUCUUUGGCCCGAACGAGUUACAGUUAGACUCCUGCCGGUACUCGGAGUGGCACGACGUGACGCAGGUGACCACGGAAAUUUUGUCCAAGUGCAUACUUUACGACCAGGCCGGGUUCGCGAGGGAGGUCUGCUCCAACAAAACGUUCUUAGACGGCCUGCUUCGCGACAGCGGCAACGCCUGGCUGGAGGCGCACUGCGAGGCCUCGUUCAGACUCCCGACACCCGAGCCCACGCAGCCUCUGAACCUGGCCGGCUGGUGCGACUACCACACGUGGGGAGAACGAGUGGUGGACGAUUCGGUGGUCGGGCUCUGCUGGCAGAACGAUCAGAGCGCCUUCCACAAGCAGGUCUGCUGCGAGGAGGCCGUGUUUGAAAAGCUGCUGGAAAACCCUCAGAACAAAUGGCUCAUAUCAGUCUGUACCGAUUUAGAGGAAAUAACCGUAACACCACAGGUGUGCAGGUACUCGGACUGGUCCCGACCCAUCAUCGUGGACAUGACUGAGCUGGCCCUCUGCGCUGAGAUUGACCCGCACAACUUCACCUCCAGAGUCUGCGCUAAUGACACAGUCCUCCAGAACCUGCUGGCCAAUCAGGACAACACUUGGCUGAUCCAGCACUGUGCCAACCACUCGAGCCCGGGCAUUUCUCCGGGUGAAGGCGGGGGACACGGAGGAGGCCUGGCCGGGUUCGUCCCCGCGGAGCAGUGUCAGUACUCCAGCUGGAUGGUAUCUCCACCAGAUGCGGCCCUGCUGGCUCUGUGCUGGGAGCACGACCAGGGAAAUUUAGUCUCGUCCGUCUGCCCCAACGCCGGCCUCCUCCUCUUUCUGUCCCGGGAGCCGUCCAGCGCUUGGGUCAGCAGCAUGUGUACAACGUACACCAAUUACACCUCCAACAACAGCACCUCUCCAGGUUCUGGGUUUUGCGUGAUGAAAAACCUGAUGAAGCAGUUCCAGUGGAUCUGCCCCGCCUACUUUGUCUCGGACUGCCAGCCUUGCGCCACUCAGAACAUGGUUCUGCAGAUGAUAGUCCGCUGCUGGGUGGAGAGUCUGAGGUCCAGAGCGGAGAAUCUGCUCACCACACCCGUGGCUACGGUGCUGGAUCGGGUGGUCAGCACAACCGUGGUGAUCCUGCUGUUCAUGGAGGAUGUCCAGGGCACCUCAUGGCACGUCACCGACACCAUCAGGCGGAGCCUGCUGCAGUCUGUUGUUGAGUAUUUCAAGAAGGAGGACAACCCCGACAAAAAGAGGGUUCUGCUGCAGUGUUUUGGGACUGUCCUCAGCAGCUUGCUGCAAACAACAAGAGAAGUGACCAGUGAGGAACUCGUUCUCAUCAAGGAGUACUUCAGUUUACCGCUGACCAGUCUGAGGCCGGUGCUGGAGGCCGCACACGUCAGCACGGUCAGGCUGAUCCUUCAAUACUACGGCAGAAUCAAGAACACGCUGCAGCUGUCUGAUAAGUACCUGUCCACCAUGGUGUCGGUGCUGCUGCAGACCCACCUAGCUUCAGAUCCGAAGCUUUUCCCAGAGCUGGUGCCCCUCCUCACUGCAGCCAGCCCAUCUGACAUCCAGGCCUUCCCCCCCAUGCAGAACAACGCCAACGUAAGGGAGAUUAUUAACAGAAACCUGGACAGCAUGAGCAUGGACCAGCGGGAGGCGUUUGGCCUUUGGUACAGCAAUGUUUUGCCCACCUCCAGCAUCAUCGGAGGUCAGCAGUCACUCAUCAGAGAUACUGGAAACGUGAUCGCCUACUUGCCCUUCCAGAGCUUUCAACACCUCUCAGCUGCUCAGCUGUUAGACGGUUUGGAUGUGUUGCAGAGGAACCCUCUCACUCCCCUAAAGCAGGAGUUCGUGGCUAACAACCUCAUCGGUUCCUUCAGAAACCUAACAGCUGAUGACUUUGUCAGAUUGGGGAAGAUUACAUGCCUAUCAGACCCGGAGGAUCUGCUGGCGUACAAAGACACGGAGGCCUUCAGGGUGAUCCAGGAGAGCAUUAUGAACUGCACGCUCAAAGGUCUCAGUCUGCCCAGCCAGCUGGUUUCCAAUCUGUUACUGAACAGCCCGGAGUUGCAGGUCCCGUCCUCGCUGGGUGCUGACCGGCUGGCUGAGCUGGCCCCCCUCCUGCCCUCGCUCGGCGGGACUUUCCUGCAGAAUCUCACGGCGGCGCAGCUGCUCGCCGCCCUCCCCGCCAUCAGCUCCGUCUCGUUCACCCCGGCGCAGGCGUCUAUAAUUGUGGAAAAGUUGUCUUCCGGUAGCACGAUGAGAGAUUUACGUGUCGGUGCGCUGACUUUUAAAUCUACUCCCCCCUCCAUUUCAAAGCAGCUGAUCCCCGGUCAGCUGCAGGAGCUGGGCUCGCUCGUUGUUGGAGUGAAGGCCGAGACCUUGCUCUCCCUCACCUCUGACAGACUGCGCUCAUCCCUGAGAGCCAUUGGCCGGCGGACAAAAGGCCGCUGCCCAGCACUCAGACAGGGCCUCGGCCCACCUGAGUCCAACGCCAUUGCAACAAAAUUAUGGGGCUUUCCAGAAGUUGUCGACUGGUUGGACGAUGUGGAGCCUUUGCUCAAUUGCACCCCCUUGCUCAGUGUCCUGCCAAGGACUCGUCUGCUGGUGAACAAACUCCCCAAUGUAUCCACGGAGUUCUGGAACACACAGCAGGUGUCACACAGCCCAUCUUUCUCCAGCUCACCUCAUAGAAAAUAUCAUAUUAGAAAAUAUCAGAGGAAAAAAAAUCCAGGUUGCUCCUUUUUUACAUCAUUUUUGGAGCUUUACAGGCGGGUCUUCUCUGACGUUGAGCUGUGUGUGUUUAGGAGUCUGGGAACGGUGGGUCAGGGUGUGAGCUGCACCGUUUUAAAGGAGCAUUUCAAGACUGAUGCCUCUCCCACAUCGGUGAAAAAGAUUCUGGCCUUCCUCAGGCAGCAGCCAGGUCUUCUUCACACCUCACUGAAAAAGUGUGUGUUUGAGGAGCUGUAUCAGUUUGAGUUCUUCUCCGAGCUGAUUGAGGAUCUUGGGGCUGAAAUCGCUCUGUCCAUGCCGGUAAGCACUAUCAAGAAGUUUCCGGCAGAUAUGAUGGACACUCUGAGGAAGAUGAUCAUCAGCGAUCCUCGUCACUUUUUCAUGCUUUCUAGAACAAAACAGGAGCUGCUGGUGGACAAAAUGGUUCAGAGGAUGGGCAUGUACACGGGUGUGUUCACCGAGAAGGAGUUCCGGUCGCUGGGCAUCAUGGCGCCAUUUGUAGUGGACGAAGUCUUCAUACAGGUGGACCGCAGCUUUUUCACUAAAAAUUUGGAUUACCUGACGGGGCUCUGCUACAGCCUUCGCAAAAUGGAAAUUGUGGCUCGAAUCCUGCUCGAGCCUGCAGCUUUUGGCCCAGUCAAGGACUGGAACCAGACAACAAUCAGUCAAGUGGGCCGGUUUCUUUUCUUCCUGCCUGUCAAAGUAUUGCAGGAGAUUUCCCCGGGGCUGAUGACUGUGGGGCGCAUAGAGAAGCUGUUCAUGAAGCAGCGGCAGUGGGAAUGCGGAGACGUGGGGAGCCUCUGUGCGGACCGGAAUGAGAGGAAGACGUUAUUUGAAAAAGAGCAGUUCGUCCUGCAGUUUUUCCUGGGCUUCCUCAAAAUGAAUGCUUUGUCAUCCAUUCCUUUGGUUCCCACCUGUGAGAUUCUGCACACCACAGCCCCGUCUGCCUGGACCUCCAGCAGCCUCACCAGCAUGUCCCCCUCCGCCUUCUCCAACUGUCUGGAGCUGAUGGGCCUCGACCCGUUUCUGGCGUCCUACCAACGCAGCGAGGUGCUGAAGAGAGUCAAACAGAUGCACGGACCGGUCUCCUCCUUCUCCCAGUCUGUGAUCUCUCAGCUGGGGGGAAUAGCUACAGAAAUGCCACCACAGGAGCUGAGCGCUCUCCGACUCACAGAGCGGAGGAGCAUUGGUGCUAUGGGAGCUGUCAGUUCCUGGAGCGGUGCACAGCUGGCUGCUCUGUUUACCACCGUGUUGAACUCCACCAAGCAGACUCCGAGCCAGCUGGACUCCAGCACGCUGGUGGCUCUGGGGCACGCCGUGUGCGGCGCCAAAGUCACCGAGAUCAAGUCCUUCAACAAUGUGGAGUUCAGCAAGGCGGUGCUCUGGCUGGGCCAGCUGAGGCUGUCCUGCUCAGAGGAGCAGCUGCUGGCACUUGUUGAGCUGCUCACCCACAGCCUCGCUUUCGGGCCCAUGAGCUCAUGGGGGACCGACGUGUUCAUCGAGAUCGGAGUGCUGGCAGCUGGUCUCCCAGAUAUGGCCAUGUCAGCUUUGGUGAAAGAGCAAAUUGAGGGAAUAACACCUAUGGCUAUCUCAGUGAUACCACCUGAAAAGCUUGCUGUGGCAUUUCACCAAAGACAGAUCAGCAUGUUCUCCUAUGAGCAGGCUGUUGCGGUAACUCAGCAGCAGCUCUCUGCUAUGUCAGACGUUCAGAAAACAGCUCUAGACAUGGUGCUGACUCCCUGGGAGGACAGGCCUGUUGACUUCAGAGGGAGGUCACUGGGUCUGGUUCUGAGCCGCAGUCCCCUGUGUCUCAUUCUGGGACUGCUGACCAUCCUGCUCUGCCAUGACACAUAACCCACUCUACCCAGCUGGACCAGGACGUCUCCUAAUUCACAUAACCACAAAAAGAGAUUCAUCUGUCUGUGCACUAACACACCUCUGAGCUAAGAUACAUCUCUGGAUUUUACAAACUGUAUGCAGUGGAUCUUUAAUCUGAUUUGUGCAAAAGUCACUCUGAUAUCAAUGCUAAGCUGUCAACAUACCAAAUCAAAGCAACAGAGAAACAGAAUAUUCUAUCUAAAUAUACUACACAGAUAUUUAUUUUCAUUACACUAACAUAUCUAUUUUUUUUAGUAAACCUGUAUGGAAUGAUGCUGUCCCAGUCUGUCCUUCUCAGGGAUGUGAAGCCAUACCCAGAAAAGCAACCCAAAUAAAAGUUCACAUUAAUUUAUUUAAAAAAGAAAAAUGUCACGAGAACAUCUUUUGUUGCACAUACCCGAUGUUAUUUAUUUAUUUUUUUAAUUGUAGAAUAAAGUCAAUGUGGUCUUUGCUGAAUAUCAUAAAUAAUCUUGUUGGGUGACAUAAUUCCAAGUAAGAACUUUUUAGCACCGAUUAACUUCAGUUUAUUGUUGCUGUGUGUUUUGUAUUGUCGUGCACACUUUACAGUUAAUAUUGUCCAAAAUAAUCAAAUUAAACUAAUCUCUCUCUGAUUAUUUUGUUGAUGUCUUUAUUA